GACGGCGACGCCAGGUCGGAGCUUCGCCGCCGGUAGUUCUGGAUACGCGACGAUCCAGAGCCGUCCGUUUCGUUGUGCCAGAUUCGUUUCGGAACGGGUUCGGAUCAUCGCGACGUAGGUAAAAAUAAACGUGCGGAAUUUUAGGCGCCCGCUUUUCACUAUACGGGCUUUUCGGACUGAAAUAAGUAUUUUUAAUGGUCGAUUAAAUAUAGUACCUACAAUCAACCUGCAGGCAAUUCAAAAUCAAAACCAGACGUACAUAUACUUCUUAAAAACAAUUCUAAAGGAACUUUCUCUCCCAAGUUUCUUUUACAAGACUCGAGCAAGCAGAAAAACGAUGUCUCGAAACACAAACCCAACGAAAACCCCGUGUAAAACGUCGAUUACGUGCUCAAUCGCACAUUGUUAACCCGAUCGUGGUGGAAACUCGCGAGGUGGAAAAUGUCAAGUGAUACCGAGGGUAAGCACGGCAAGGGUCAUCCUUCGGGAACCGUUAAAAAGAAGCAUCGGUCAAGGUCGACGCCAAGGUCAAACGAUCUCGAUAAGCCGCGAAAGAAGAGGCAUCUGAGCGCGGCCAAUUCCUUUGCAUCCAUCCCCAAUGCAAUCAAACUGUCGAUGUUAAAUAGCGGGUUAUUGCCGACAAGCAAGUUUAAUGAUGAAAAUGGCGGCACAGUGGCGGACAGUAUCUCAGACCAUCCGAUUGAAAUUUCGGAGUUUAUGAAACUCUGCGAGCAACGUCGAAAGUUUCCCGUUCUCUACAAGUUAGAAUUCGAGAUUGCUGAGAGAACAGAACCUCAUUCCUGUAGGCACGGUACUAAGAAGAGUAACUUAGAGAAAAACCAGAACCAAAAAUGCAUUCCUUAUGAUUAUAACAGGGUAGUAUUAGAUACUAUAGAAGGCGAGCAUGAUAGUGAUUACAUCAACGCUUCCUAUGUAGAUAGUUUAUUAAAGCCCAAUGCUUAUAUAGUAACCCAAGGUCCCACAGAAGAGACAGUAACAGACUUCUGGCGAAUGGUCUGGCAAGAGAAAGCGAGCUGUAUUGUGAUGUUAACGAAAACUUUUGAUUUUAUUAAGGUUAUGUGUGUUCAGUAUUGGCCAGCUUCAAAUGAUCUGGAAGAAACCUAUGGUGGUAUUACGAUAAAAGUGAUCCAAGAGGAAGAGCUAGCAAAUUUUAGGAUAAGAACGUUUAGGCUGUAUAAAAAACAAAAUAAUGCUGUAACAGAAGAACGGUUCAUUUUACAAUUCCAUUUUACCGAAUGGCAUUGUCAUUCUUGCCCAUUCGGAAAUGCCUUAUUGGAAUUUCGGAGACGAGUGAGAGCAGUUGUCGGACAUCGGAUUAAGUCUAAAGAGGCUGGACCGAUGGUGGUACACUGCAAUGAUGGCGGUGGUAGAUCCGGAGUUUAUCUCUCAGUAGAUGCCAACAUGGAACUGGGAGAGGAAGAAGACAAAUUCGACGUCUUUGGCUACCUGAAAAAAUUAAGACAAUCAAGAAUGGCCUUAGUGGAAAAUGUGGAUCAAUACAAAUUCAUUUAUGACACCUUGGAAGAAUACGUCACUUGCGGCAACUCCUGGUUCAAAGUAAGCGAACUAUCUCAAAGACUAAAACAAAAAUCCCAAAAGAAUCCCAUAACUAAACUCAAUGAAUACCAAAGGGAGUAUAUGUUAAUUUGCAAACAAACUCCCCGAUUUACUAUUGGGGAUUGUGCUGGAGGACACCGGGGGGAUAACAGGAAGAAGAACCGGGAUGUGCUCAUUGUGCCACCGGACAAUUUUAGACCAUACCUUACGUCAUUCCAAGGCAAUAAUUUUACGGAUUACAUCAAUGCUGUGUUUGUAGAUGGUUACACUAAGCCAAGAGAGUAUAUCGUAACCGAAUGGCCUAUAAAAUCGACCCUCGGAGAAUUUUGGUCCCUCGUUUACGAUUACGAGUGUUCAGCAGUCGUUGUAUUAUGUGUACCGCCUCACAAUUCGCAACAAUUUCCCUCAUUUUGGCCUGAAGGACGAGCACCAAAGAAGUAUGGACCCGUAUUUACUAUAGACCAUAUAUCUCACAAUCAUUACUCUAAGAUAAAAACUUGGGUUUUUAGGAUUAAUAAAAAGGUUAUUUCCCUUACUGAACUUAUGGCGGGUGUAAAAGCCCCCCCAAAGACAGUACAGCUAUUUCAGCUAAUGUGUUGGCCAAUGGGACACAAAGUACCAACCUCAACGAAUUCCCUGGUAGAACUCAUGAAUAUGGUUGAAAAAUGGCGACAACGUACCGAUUACGGUCCUGUAUGCAUAGUUUCACCUGAUGGACGUAGUAGAUGUGGGAUUUACUGUGCGGCAAACGCUUGUAUAGAACAAGUAAUACAGCAUGGAGAAGUGGAUAUUUUCCAAGCUGUAAGAACUGUAAGAAGACAUAGGCCUCAACUAAUAGAAAAUAUUACUGAAUAUAAGUACUGCUAUGACGUCGUCCUCCAUUACGUCCUUCAUUACUUACAAAAGGAUUUAGAAGAAAUUAAUGUACCUCCUAAGAAAUAAACACGUAGGAUUUAAGAGCCCCUAAGCUUAAGCUUUUAUAUGUCGAGUGUACUAAGAAAACUCUUCCUUUAGAUUCUUUUCAUUCAUUCCCAUUUUUGUUCAAAUUUUGAUACAGUAAGUUUUUAAUAAUUCAUAACGAAAUUAUAAAUUUCAACGCAAAAUACAGGGAACGAUAAAUUGUUUUUUUUUCUGCUUUGUAUAUUCUUCGUAAUUUUUAUUUUCCGACAUUUGUGAAAAGUUAUACUGCAACUAUAUAAAUAAUUAAUAAUAAAUAAUUUACUUGGAGGCCAAAUAAAUCUGUGACUUUUCUAUAUUGUAAUAAAAAAAUGUCCUAUUUUCAGCAAAUAUAAGCAUAUAUAAUAUAUGUUAACCAUUUUAAUAUUAAGUAUAUAAUUAUAGGUAUAUUUUUAUUACUUAUGUUGUUUAUUUAUGUAUAUGUAUAUUUCUGUAAAAUUGUGUUUCUUGAGUUAAUAAAGUAAAUUUAUUAAAUGUU